GAAAGGGAAUACACAGUGUUGUAGAAAGGGAAGAAGAAGAACUGUAUCAAGAAAUACUAAGUCUGAAUUCACAAAAGGAGGACAAACAUGAUAAACAACUGUUUGCAACCAUGCUGAUAAAUGAGAGGCCAGUCAAAUUUCAACUAUACUGCGGAGCCAGUUGCAACGUUAUACCCAUUCAACUGUUAAACCCUGACACAGUAAUGGAAAAGACUGAACAGAUUCUGGUCAUGUAUAACAAGAGCACCCUAAAACCCAUAGGGAAGUGCAGAACAAAAAUAAGAAACCCCAGAAACAGGAAACUCUAUCGUCUGGAGUUCAUGGUAGUGGAUGAAAGCUCAUCAGUGCCCCUGCUAGGAAACAAGGCUGUGCAAGCAAUGGACCUGGUAAGAAUACAGCAUGAAAACAUUAUGGCAAUUGAUGAUAUUGUUACCACAGAGAGAUGCAGUGAAAAGCUAACGUGGGACAAGGGAGACAUACAACGAGAGUAUGCUGAUGUAUUUGAGGGAGAUGGAUGCCUGGAAGGGACAUACAACCUCGAGGUGGAUCCAGAAGUCAAACCAGUGAGGCUUCCAAAGCGGAGAGUACCGGUGGCCAUAAUGAAACAUCUAAAAGAUGAACUAGGAAGCCUGGAAGAGAGAGGCAUCAUAGCUCAGGUGGAAAAGAGCACGGAUUGGAUUAGCAGCAUGGUGGUGGUGAAAAAACCAAGUGGAAAACUAAGAAUUUGUAUUGACCCAAGACCACUUAAUAAAGCACUUAAGCGUCAACAUUUUCCCCUGCCUACCAUAGAUGAUGUUCUCCCGGAUCUGACUAAGGCGAGAGUUUUCACAGUGUGUGAUGUAAAGGAUGGAUUCUGGCAUGUAAGGCUUUCAGAAGAGUCAAGUUAUCUUACAACUUUCGCUACUCCGUUUGGCAGGUAUAGAUGGAUCAAAAUGCCAAUGGGGAUCAGCCCAGCUCCAGAAGUUUUCCAGCCCAGGUUGACUCAGGCGUUGGAGGGGCUGCCAGGAAUCCGGAUAAUAGCAGAUGACAUCCUCAUUUGUGGGGAAGGAGAUAACGAUGAAACGGCUGAGAAGGAUCAUGACGAAAAACUAAGACAACUACUGGAGCGAUGCAGAAAGAGAAACAUCAAACUAAACUUCAACAAACUCAAGCUGAAACAGAAAGAGGUGCCAUACAUCGGACACAGACUGACUUCAGAAGGUCUAAAGAUUGAUCCAGAGAAGGUGAGAGCCAUAGUGGAGAUGCCCAGACCAGCAGAUGUGAAGGGGCUGCAGAGAUUAUUAGGUCGAUUAAUGUACCUUGCUGACACCCUCAGUAGAGCGUACUUACCAGAGUGUGCUUCAGAAGGAUCUGUAGAGACAGAAAUUGAGACGAUUAACAUGCUGCAGUACCUGCCCAUUUCAGAAGGAAGUUUACAAAAGAUACAGACAGAAACUGCAAAGGAUGAGACGUUUCAGAUGUUACGGCAAGUGAUAGUCCAAGGAUGGCCAGAAGAGAAAACACAGCUGAAAGAGGAGGUGAGACCAUUUUUUUCAGUAAGAGAAGAGCUGAGUGUGCAACAUGGUGUGAUUUUCAGAGGUGAGAGAGCUGUAAUACCAACGAAGCUAAGAACAGAAAUCAUGGAGAGAAUUCAUGCUGCACAUUUAGGCAUAGAAAGUUGUUUACGCAGAGCAAGAGACUGCGUAUACUGGCCUGGGAUGAGUGCCGCCAUAAGAGCAUACAUAGGAAACUGUGCUGUCUGCAGAGCAGUAGAUGUACGGCAGCAGAAAGAAACAUUGUGCCCACAUGUUAUUCCUAUGAGACCAUGGUCAAAAGUGGGAACAGAUUUGUUUUCAUUUAACAACAGAGCAUAUCUCAUCACAGUGGAUUACUUUUCCAACUUUUGGGAAGUGGACUGUCUCACAGACACCAGAUCAAGUACAGUGAUACACAAGUUAAAGGCCCAUUUUGCACGACACGGGAUCCCAGACACUGUGAUAUCUGACAACGGACCACAGUACAGCUCACAAGAGUUCAAACAGUUCAGCACAGUUUGGGAAUUUAAGCAUAUAACAUCAUCUCCAGCAUAUCCGCAAAGCAACGGCAAAGCGGAGUCUGCUGUAAAGACGGCAAAACAGCUGAUGGAGAAAGCGAAGAGAGCAAAGACUGAUCCAUAUCUAGCUAUACUAGAGCACAGAAACACACCAUCGCAGGGUUUCCAUGCCAGUCCGGCACAAAGACUCAUGAGCAGAAGGACUAAAACACUACUGCCGACACAUGACGGCCUCCUGCAGCCAGGUGUUGUAAACACAGAACAUGCAGUAAAAGCCAACCAACGCAAACAAGCAUUCUACUACAACAGAGGAGCAAAAGAUCUCAGACCUCUCAGGCAAGGAGAACACGUAAGGGUUCAGCUGGACGCGAAAAACAGAUCAGACUGGACACCAGCAACCGUGUUAAGAGUUGCCAAUAACAGAUCAUACACGGUCAAGAUGGAAAAUGGGACUGUAGUAAGGAGAAAUCGGAAACAUCUCAGGACUGUGUUUGGAGGACCUCAGAGUGCAGACACCCAAAACAUGAGUGUCAAAACUGAACAGUCAAAUAAGAAGAUCAAUCUGGAUGAGGGACAUUCACGGACAGUAACACACACUCACACACAACAUUCAGAUAACAGUAACGAUGUUGUGACAACCAGAGCUGGCAGAAUAGUCAAGAGACCAAAACACUUGAAAGAUUUUGUUUAAAUCUGUUUAAUUGUUACCACGAGACAGAAGAGCUGUUUUGACUAUAUGGUGUUAUAUUGUUGUUCUUGGUUACAAGUUAUUUCAUAAAGUGACCAUGUUUCAUGCCAUAUAUGAAAAAAAAAAAAAAAAAAAAAAAGGAAGGAUGUUACAAUAUGUUAUAUAUGGUCAUAAGGAAGUGACAGACUAUGUAUUGUUGAACCCUGACUCCUGUGUAUGUGACGUCAUUUGAGAUGCGCAAGCACGUGAAGUAAAGAGAAGCACUGAGAA